AAUUGUCACAUUGAAGACACGAGUCACGCUAAUGAUGAUGCGCAUUGAACGUAUUUGUAAGAUAUAAAACCGAUGUACGCGCUCUCCCACCACUUGUCUUUCACGUGACUCUCGUCGUCAAUCUGACAACUUUGCGAAACCGAGCUCAGCUCACUCAGCUGAGCGAAUAUAAAUACAAGCCAGAUUUGUACUACUUUGCACAUAAUUAAAUUAAUAUUAAUUCGAUAUGACGAGUUGAUAAAAAAUGCCUCGCAGUUUAUAGAUUGAAGUUGAGAUUGUUGAAUAUGGGUCAGCACUGGAUUAUAAUUCAUCUAUUAGUAAUAUGUGCACAUUUAUCGCACCAGAAAUCAACACCAGAUGCAACAACUUAUGUAGCGGCUGUAGUAGAGUAUCCCCCAAAAUAUUUAACAAGCAGCAGUGAGACUUUGAAAGUAAAUUCUGAUGCAUAUGUCAGACUUAUUACAACAGCAGCUCAAAUUGAAAAAGCUGAUAUAAUUGUUUUCCCCGAAGAUGGUUUGACAACAGUUCAUUUGCCAGAGAGAGAAAAAAUGGAAGACUGGACAACUGUUAUUCCUAGUGCCUUAGAAAAUUACACACCUUGUAAUCAAAACUCUGUUGGCGUUAGCGAGACAUUGAAAAAAAUAUCAUGUGCUGCAAACGAUAAUGAGAUCUAUGUGAUAAUCAAUAUUGCUGAGAAAGCAGCUUGUACUGCCUCAUCUUGUCCAACAGACAAAGUAUUCUAUUACAAUAGCAACGUUGUAUUUGAUCGCACAGGAAAGAUAAUUGCCAGAUAUCGUAAAACACAUCUUUUUGAGGAACAUCAAUUUAAUGUAACAGCUGUACCAGAAGUAGUGAUUUUUGAUACUGACUUUGGAGUAAAAUUUGGAACUUUUAUAUGCUUUGAUAUUUUAUUUUACGAACCUGCAUUGAACUUAACAAGAGAUCAUCAAGUUACUGAUAUUAUAUUUUCAACAGCAUGGUUUUCUGAGGCACCAUUCUUAACAGCUAUACAAACGCAAGCAGGAUGGUCAUUUGCGGAGGACGUAAAUCUUUUAGCUUCAGGUUAUAACAGACCCGGCUCAGGCAAUGCCGGUAGUGGAAUUUAUUUAGGUCGAAAAGGAAUCGGUAAAGCAAUAAUACCUACUACUACGCAUGAAAAAAUAUUGAUAUUUGAAGUACCUAAAAUAAAAAAGAGUACUGAAUAUAAUAAAAAUCAUCAUGAUCAUUCAGAGGAAACUGGGCAAUAUCACGGAAAAGAGUAUAUACACGACGAAUUACAGAAAAAGUGGGAAGACGACAACACAGAUAAAGAUAAACUAUUCUUGUUACAUGACAAUAUUCACACAUUUGAAACAUUUUCCUUGGAAAGAAAUGUCACGAAAACUAUCUGCCAGAAUGGCUUCUGCUGCGACUUUAAAGUAGAAAUUGCAAAAAUAGACCCAAAUAUAAAAUAUCGUUUGGUGGUCUUUAAUGGUAUUCGUCUUUAUUCUGUUGUUAAAGCCGGUGUACGUGCAUGCGGCAUAGUACAAUGCUCAAAUGAAUCCAUUUCAUCAUGUGGUUCUGUGCAAGAGUCGGAAAUGACAUUCAGUAACAUUGAAAUCAUGGCAACGUUCCAUGAUUAUAAAAACGAUUUGAUUAUGCCGUCUACAUUAAAGUCAGAUUUACAUCCGCUAGAAAAUUGGGCAUUUAAUGAACACGCUCACGACAAUCAUUUGCACGUUAACAUGUUCUUAAAUAAAAAUACAAAUAAUUUAAUAACAUUUGGAAUAUAUUCGAGAGACUUUGAUAAAAACAAUGCAAAUAGAACAUCGUUUUAUAUUAUUAAUUAUAUUAUAGCGUUAUUAGUGACUUUACUGUUGUCAAGAUUUUAAUUUCAAUAUUUAUAUAUAAAACACAUUUUCUAUUUUCGUUUAUUAACAAAUAAUUAAAGAACUUCUUUUUGAAAUACUUUCCGAAUUAUUUUUCAAUACAAAAAGAAAGAAAAUUAGAUUAAAAGUUAAUUUUUAAUUAGAACUUUGUUUGAUUCGGCAAUUAUGGUAUGUACAAUAUGAGUGAUUUUUUGAAGAUUAUAUAUGUAUCAAUUUUUUUGUUGAUCCACUAAUUAUGACUUGUGUAAUACAAAUGAAGAUUUUUAGAAAAUUAUAUUUUUAGAAAAUAUGUUAUACUUUUGAUAGAAACAUAUACAAAUAUAUUACAAUUCAAUAGCGUUAAUCUUUGUAUUAUUGUUAAUGGUUGUGAAAUUAUUAUUGUGAUUAUAUUAAAAUGAUGUAGUUGUUACAAACUAUAGAUCUGUUUUUAUAGUUGAAUUGGAGUGUACGCACUCUGUACUUAAACUAAAAUAGAUAUUAAUUUAAAAAUUCUGAAAGUGAGAAGAAAAAUUCUAGUACAAUCCAGUGCGGCAAUAAAAAACAGACCUCAUUGAUUGGUGACUUUGACAAUUGAAGUGAGAAUAUAUGAAUUUUUGAAAACUUCAAUCAAAUGUGUAUGUAUGCUAAAUAUUUUAUAGCCACAUAAUAAUAAAUGUACGUUUAAAAAGUAUAUGUUUUAUCAUUAGUAAAAAUGUUGUUUUCACGAAAAUACGCAUUUCAUGUUUUUAUUGCGAAUUAUGAUACACGCCUGUUAUCUUUUCUGCAGUUAAACCCAAUUAACUGUAAGUAACUAAUUCUAUGUAAAAAAUAAAAUCUGUUAUGUAAUUUAUCUAUAAGAAAAUUUGAAAUAUAUUAAAAUAUAAGUAACCACUUUUUAAAUUAUUUUAUAAUUAUUUUAACUAUAUUCGAAAAACUGGAGAUUUCGAUAAAAGAAACACAAUGAUAUACCUGAGAGAUUAUCUCGUCUCUCAACUAAUUGAUCUUAAUUAGUCUACGAUAAUGUAUUAAUUAUGGUUUAUAUAGUGAAUUUAUAAUUAAUUAUUAAUAAAUAAUUAUUCCACAA